UAUAUGACUGGUCUCAGACAGUAUUAGAUACAAUGAACAAUUGGAUUGUACAGCAGUAGGCUAUAGAUCAUAUACCAGGAUUGUUUGGAAUCAGAUAUCUGCCUGUCUCCUCUUUCAUUGGCUGUGAUGACGAUUUGUGAUAAACUCCUCCACAUUCUUCUCAGCCUGUCUCUGCUUAGCUGCGCGUUCUCUCGGGACCCAGAGCUUUCCAGUGUGAGCUUGUGGGGGAAGAUGGCUGACUUCACGGGGGGGUGCGGCUACUGGCAGUUGAGUCCGGACCUCACCAUCCCCGCCUUGGAGGAGCUCAGCGUGUGUCUUCACCUCCAGCUGCACGUCGGGACACCGGCGUGGACAGCCUUUGUAUACCGCCACCCUGAUGGUCAGCGGACCGAGCUGGGCCUGGAGGGUCAGGAGGGCCUGGUCCACGCUUGGCUGUUUGGGGUACGCCGGUCCGCCCUGGUCCACCUGCCCAUCGGCCACUGGCACUACAUCUGCUUGACGUGGUCCGGGACGUCUCAACCGCCGACCCUCUAUGUCAACGGGACCAGCUUGGAAUUGGCAGCCCAUGUCGCCGAUCCGCUCCCGUCCCCUCUGGGGUACAGGCUGGCCUCCAACGGCACGCUUACUCUUGGGGUCUCCCACUACUUGGCCCGAGGGGAGAUGCUCGUGGAGAAUGGGACCAACUUGAUUGGCCGUGUGUCCCUGUUCCGCAUGUGGGGACAGGCUCACACUCCCGAGCAGGUGUCUGGGCUGAACUGCACAGAGGGGAAUAAGGUACGCUGGGAUGCUGUUGACUGGCUCACCCAGAGCUGCCCUCCCGUCCCAGACUCCCAUCUACACUGUGGUGAGGGCAGGAGACUAUUUUAAUUUUAUAUCCCUUUUGAUUGUCUGUAAUAAAUGUGCAUUGAAUAUGAUUGUGCACGGAAUAGUUUAUUGGUGUCGGCUGUUAUGAGCAAGCUUCCAGUCAUCGAUCCACAUCUUUGGUGACCUCCUGGGAUGUUCCUGUUAUACGUAUGGACCGAAGUUCAAAUAUUGAUCUUGUGUCCUCAUUUCAAUGAGAAACAAUCACAUGGUGCUUAAA